CCAACGUUCAUUUGGUUCUGAUUGGUUCAAGCUGCUGUAGUCUUGGUGACGUUAUCUCCGUCAUAUCCACAUUUCGACGUGCUGCAAUCUUGGUAUUCCCGUCGUCCUGUGCUGUAGUGAGGCAAUUUGUUUGUCUCGUGUUCUUCAACCAACGUUCAUUUGGUUUUGCUUGGUUCAAGCUGCUGUAGUCUUGGUGACGUUAUCUCCGUCAUAUCCACAUUUCGACGUGCUGCAAUCUUGGUAUUCCCGUCGUCCUGUGCUGUUGUGAGGCAAUUCUUUGUCUCGUGUUCCCAACCAACGUUCAUUUGGUUCUGCUUGGUUCAAGCUGCUGUAGUCUUGGUGACGUUAUUUCCGUCAUAUCAUGUCUUAUUCAGAUACUCUCCCACUUGCUCGGACCAAGAAAAUGACUAGCAAGGGAAAGGAAUAUAUAUUUUCCUUGAAGGAAUCAUUCAAGCGAAAGGUGCUCCUUGAGAUUGAUCGACUGAUUGCAGAAAUGGAUAUUGCCUUAUCGGAUGAAAAUUAUGCCUUCAUCUUUAACAACGUGGACAUCCUUGGCGUAAAACUGUCUGAAUUUAAAGCUUACAGCCAUGAAUGUAUGGCAUUAGCGAAUUUAGAAGAACUGAAGGAAGAUUUAAAUGCAGAAUUGACUAGACUUGAGGAUAGGGUUCGACUCUUUCAGCAUCAUUGUAAUGAUUGGCUAAAAAGAAAUGAAUGGGCGUGGAACCAGUAUGAAAAAUCAAAGCUUCAUGCUGACGAAAACACAAAUGCUCUGUUGAGAGAUGACGCUCUUGGAUUCACAACUUCUAAAUCAUCAAAGUUCCCCGUUGUUGAUCGGGCAACUACCAGCCUAAAAGCUGAUGUUAUUAUUUACCCGAAGUCAGUUGGAAAGUCGCAUAGAUCGCACAGAUCGCCCUCGACACGUUCGAAAGAGAUAAGAUCUUCAGGUCGUUCGCAAGUAUCUUCCUUGCGUAGUCGUGCUGCGGAUCAAAAGGCUGAGUUAGCGCAACUGAAGACAAAGGCGUCAUUUUUAGAAGCAAAACUGGAAGCUGAAGCAAGCAUGAAAAGAUUGGAGCUUAAAGAGCAGGUUGCUUUGGCAGAAGCAAAACUCAGCAUAUAUAAAGAAGCCAAGGACGAAGAUGAAAAAAGUCAUUUCUCAAGACCAUUGGACACGGAUGACGAACAAAUCCGCUCAUAUGCGAAGUGCCAAUCUUGGGUGAAUAAUGGUUGUAUAGGUGUCAUUGGCUCCGGUUAUGAAGGCGCUAGAAGUCAUCCAAAGUUGGUAAAGAAAAUUCCCAAAUUUCUUCCUGAUGUGCCACAAAACACCGCGCAAUCGCAAGUGGUCGAUAAUUCAGUUGAUGUUAACAAAGACUGGAACAUUAACAAUGAGCAGGAAUCUCCAAACCCAUUUGGAAAUAACACAGAAAGGGUGUUAUGCGAAUUACUGCUACAGCAAAGUGCACCAGACAUCAAAAUUGACCCAUUUGAUGGAAAUGUGCUUGACUUCCAAUAUUUCAUGACCACAUUUGAAGCAGUUGUUGAGACCAAGAUCAAAAGUAAUAAAGGUCGAUUGACUCGCCUGAUCAAUUACACAACUGGCGAGCCAAAAGAAUUGAUCAAAAGCUGUAUAUAUGAUACAUCAGAACAUUGCUACUCAAGAGCAAAGGAUCUUCUGAAGAAAACCUACGGUGAUCAAUUCAGAAUUGCAAAUGCCUACAGAAAAGAGCUCAGAGAAUGGCCCACUCUCCGUGCUGGUGAUUCUGAAGCGUUCAGAAAGUUCUAUACGUUCCUCAUAAAAUGCUACGGUGGUUUGGAGAGACAAAUAAAAAGCGAACUAAACUCUCCAGAAGUCCUCAGAAAACUUCAAUCAAAGCUCCCACAAGCCUUGCAACAAAGAUGGAAUCGGACGGUUCUCAACGUCCGUCGGAAAAACCAUCACAAAGCGGAGCUGAGGGAUUUUGUUGACUUCAUGGAGCAAGAGACAACGCUUGAAAAUAAUCCCCUCUACUCUAGAGAAGCCAUCAGUGAAUUGAAGAAUAAAAAGGAUAAUGACGUGAAAAACAAGAAAGAUCCACCCAAACUUAAAACAAACCUGACGGGCGUCACCAGAGAUUGUCUCUACUGUUCGAACAAACAUAAAUUGGAAGAUUGUCGAAAAAUAAUGAAAAUAGACGUAGAGGAAAGAAACAAAUUUGUUUGGGAGAAGAAGCUUUGUUUCGCGUGUUUGGAACCAAUUACCAGCAAUCACCAAGCAAGAAAUUGCGAAAACAAAUUGUCUUGCAAGACGUGCAAAAAGAGGCACCCAACCAUUUUGCAUGGUUUCAUCCGACCAAAGAGGACCAACAAGAACGACAAGGAAAAUAAUGAUAAAAAGGAAGAUGAGGAGCCUGAAAUCUCAAAUGCAUUUGCAAGAACGAAGAAAUCUGUUUGUUGCAAGACAGAUAACAACGUAGAAAUCAUCAGCAUGUCUGUGGUGCCUGUGGUGUUGUCGCAUCCAAAGUCUGCUGAGUCAAUCACCACCUAUGCUAUGUUGGAUAAUUGCAGUCAGGGUACGUUCAUAACCGAUGAAAUCGUUCAUCGCUUGAAUUUAACCGGUAUUUCGUCGACGAUCGUCGUGAAGACUCUCACAACCGAGAGUCGUGAAGAUUCUUGUCUAAUAACCGGCUUGAUGGUAGAGCCCAUUACACGAGAUUUCAAAGUAACAAUACAGAGUUGUUACAGUAGAAGACAUCUUCCAAUAGAUCCCAUGGAAAUACCUACUCCCGAGAAAGUUGCUAAAUGGCCUCAUUUGCGACAUAUAAAGCAUUCCUUUCACAAAUACGAUCCUGGAAUACCGAUUGGUUUGCUUAUUGGAUCCAAUUGCCCACAAGCGCUAGAACCGAUAAAGGUAAUUCCAUCCGAUGGAAAUGGACCAUAUGGGUUAAAAAGAAGGUUGGGAUGGAGUCUUGUCGGACCUGUGCUUCGUCGCAAAGGGGAGAAGCAGAAAAUUCGAUGCAACAGAAUUGCUGUGAAAGAUUCCUCCACUGACAAAGUUGUUGCACUUCACCUAAUUCAACAAGAUGAAUUACGGGAUGUAACAAUUGAGGGGAUGCUGAAAAGAAUGUACGAUGCUGAUUUUUCAGAAAUGAACGCAUUCAAGAAUAUUAAAAGUGAUUACGUAUCCAUUCACGACCAAAAAUUUUUAUCACUAAUGGAAAAGGAAGUAAAAUUUGUAAAUGGAAAAUAUCAACUCCCGCUGCCUUUAAUAAACCAACUUCCAUUUCCAAAUAAUAAAUGUCAGGCCUUGGCAAGGCUGAAAUGGAUCAAGAAGAAGCUUGAAAGUAAUUCGAUCUUCAAAGAGGAUUACCUCACGUUCAUGAACAACCUGACGACCCAAGGUUUCGCGGAGAUGGUUCCAGAGCAGGAAGUUGAAAGGGAACCUGGUCAUGUGUGGUAUAUUCCCCACCAUGGAGUUUAUCAUCCGCGUAAGCCUGGGAAGAUCAGAGUAGUAUUUGAUUGUACUGCUACAUACAAAGGCGUCUCCCUGAACGGACGACUCAUGCAAGGCCCAGAUAUGACAAAUCUGCUAGUUGGAAUUCUGUGUAGAUUCCGGUUGGAACCAGUAGCGUUUAUGGCGGAUAUCGAGUCCAUGUUCUAUCAGGUUAAGGUGCCGCCGAAUCAACGGGAUUAUUUGCGAUACCUUUGGUGGCCUGAUGGGGAUACCUCUAAAGAUUUGGUAGAUCAUCGCAUGACUGUCCAUAUAUUCGGUGGAAAUUCCUCCCCAAGUUGUUCCAACUAUGCCCUGAAAAGAAGUGGAACAGACAACGAAAGUGAAUUUGGUGAGGAGGCUGUGAAAGUUAUUAUGAAGGAUUUUUAUGUCGACGAUCUUUUGAAAUCCGUGAAAAGUAUCGAAGAAGCCAUCAAUUUCAUCAAAUCAACGAUACAAAUUUGCAGCAAAGGUGGCUUCCGCCUCACAAAGUUCAUAUCAAAUAGCAGAGAGGUUAUCAAUUCCAUUCCUACUGAAGAACGCGCAAAGAACAUAAAGUCCCUGGACUUGAAAAACGAACGCUGCCGAUCGAAAGGGCCCUCGGUGUUCAUUGGUCGAUAGAGGACGAC